AUGUUCACAAGUUAUAUACCAGACAAAAUAUCCUUUACAUUUUAUAAAGACGAAGAAAUAAUUAAAAUGAGCGUAUUAGAAAUUACACAACCGCUUUGUUUAGACACCUUUGGCCAUCCAUUUCCUGAUGGAUUAUAUGAUGCAAGGAUGGGUCCUUUCAAUAACGAUUCACUAUGUAAGACUUGUAAUUUAUCCUAUCUAACAUGUCCAGGACAUUUUGGUUAUAUAAAGCUGUUUAAGCCCGUUUUUAAUCCUUUAUUGUUCUCUACAAUGUACUCUGUAUUGAAAAGUGCUUGUCAUAAAUGUGGAUUAUUAAAGAUAACUAAUCGCGACAGAUUAAUUUACUUUUUAAAACUUAAUUUACUGAAGCGUGGAUAUCCAAUUGACAAUCUUGAUUAUUUAUCUACAUGCAAUAAUGAAAAUGACUUAUGUAAAAAAAUAGCUGAUUUGUUACUUAAAUAUUCAGAUAAAUCUCGCGCAUCUUCAAAUUUCUUACAUCAAGAAUUUUGUAAUUUGAUAUUUAAGACUGCAUCAGCUCGUACAAAAUGUGCUCAGUGCAAAAUAUCGAGCCAAAAGUUAACUACUAGCAAAAAUCUUAAAAUUAGUUAUGUAUUGGAGAACAACUCGCAAAAAAUAUUUUUGAUUGAAGAUAUUAUUGACAUUUUUAAAAAAGUGUUUAAUAAUGAGAAAAAAUUGAUGGAAAGCAUUUUUUCUACUGCUGAUUAUAAAAUGUUUUUUUUAAUUAAUAUCUCUGUCCCGCCAGUUAAAUUUCGACCGGUAAAUUUUUUUAACGGCCGUAUGUACGAAAAUCCACAAAAUAUUCAUUAUACUCGUAUUUUAAAAAAUAAUAUAGAAUUACAAACCAAUCCCGAUUUUUGGCCAGAAUUACAGGCUGCAAUAUUAAUUUAUUUUGAUAGUUCUAAAUCUCAAUACAGUAAAGGGGAUGGGGCAGCUGCUGGUCAUAAACAAAUUUUAGAAAAAAAAGAAGGAUUGUUUAGAAGAAAUAUUAUGGGUAAAAGAGUUAAUUUUGCUGCGAGAUCUGUUAUAUCUCCAGAUCCCAAUCUUCAUACGAGAGAAAUGGGGAUUCCUAAAAUUUUUGCAGAAAAACUUACUUUUCCUGAACGAGUAAAUGCAAAUAAUUACGAUAAGCUCAGAAAAGCAGUUAUUAAUGGUAGAGAAUUUCCUGGUGCUAACGCUAUACAAACGGGCAAUAAUCUUCAAAAUCUUGAAUACAUUAGCUAUGAAAAACGUGUUGCUUUGGCCAAUCAAUUGCUGAAAGGUACAAAAACUGUAUGGAGACAUUUAAAUACAGGAGAUACAGUUUUGGUUAAUAGACAGCCUACCCUUCAUAAGCAGAGUAUAAUGGGUCAUAAAGUUAAAGUUUUAGAAGGAGAGAAGACGUUAAGAAUGCAUUACGUUAAUUGUAAGCCUUAUAAUGCGGAUUUUGAUGGGGAUGAAAUGAAUGUACAUUUACCACAAAGUUAUGUCGCAAAAUCAGAAGCGGAGUCUUUAACUCUAAAUGAUCAUAUGUAUUUAGUUCCUACAAAUGGUGAACCAAUUCGUGGAUUGACACAAGAUCAUGUCGUUGGUGCUUCAAGAUUAACUAUUAAAGAUUCUUUUUACACAAAAGAACAAUAUAUCGAUCUAUUACAAUCUGGUUUAUCUAAUAGAAGAUUAAUUUUAGACAAUCCAUGCAUUUCUCAGCCCGUUUCGCUGUAUAGCGGUAAACAAAUUGCUUCUGGCAUUUUAAAAAAUUUAAAUCUUUAUAUUUCUGUUACGAAUAAGGGAAAAAUUGGCGCAAAGACGUGGCUAGGACAUGAAGAAGAAGGUAACUCGAUAUUUUUGGAGGGAGAAAUGCUUACAGGAAUAUUAGAUAAAAAUGUUAUUGGCCCUACACAAUAUUCCCUUAUACAUGCAUGUGGUCAUUUAUAUGGAUUUUCUGUUGCCAAUGAUUUAUUGACUUAUUUUGGGCGUGUUGUAAAUCGUUAUUUAUUUAAUUUUGGAUUCACUGUGCGUAUUGAUGAUUUACUUUUAGAUUCUUUUGCAGAUUCUUCUAGAAAUGAUAUUAUAAAAGCGGGUAAUGAAAACGCUAAGAUUAAGCAGAAAAUUUAUAUGAAAGACAAUCCUGAUUAUUAUAUUAAUUCUAAUAAAACUGCACAUUUAGAUUCUAUAAUUAGAGAAGAGAUGAAUAAUGUGACUACUCAGAUUGUAAAUACAUGUGUUCCUUUGGGACAAUUAAAAAAGUUUCCUAACAAUAAUAUGGGUCUUGUUAUUAUUACUGGUGCUAAAGGAUCAAUUGUCAAUUUAAGUCAAAUUUCUGGUUCGUUAGGGCAGCAAGAGCUUGAAGGGAAAAGAGUUUCUUACAUGAUAAGUGGUAAGACAUUGCCCUGUUUUGAAAGGUUUGAAACUUCUCCAUCCGCAGGUGGAUAUGUAUUUCAGAGAUUUUUAACCGGUGUUAAUCCGUCAGAAUAUUUCUUUCAUUGUAUGGCAGGUAGAGAAGGUCUUAUUGAUACAGCAGUUAAGACCUCGAGAUCGGGAUAUUUACAAAGAUGUCUUGUUAAGCAUUUAGAAGGAUUGCGUGUUGAAUAUGAUUUAUCGGUCAGGAUGGGUACUAAAAUUAUUCAAUAUACUUAUGGAGAGGAUGGAUUAGAUUGUACGAAAUCGUCUUUCUUAAAGCAAAUUGAAUUUUUUAAAAAUAACAGUAAUAUGUUUUUCGCCGAUAAUUUUAUUAAAUUUUGUCAAGAAUUAAAAUAUACAAAUAGAGAGUGGAAAGAUCUUAUUAGUAAGGAAAGUGAUGAAAUUAAGAAGUUAUGUUUAAAACAAUAUGUUAAUGCACUUGUUGAUCCUGGAGAAGCUGUUGGUGUUAUUGCUGGACAGUCAGUUGGUGAGCCUUCUACACAAAUGACGUUAAAUACAUUUCAUUUGGCUGGUGUAGGUGCGCGAAACGUAACAUUGGGUAUUCCAAGGUUAAGGGAAAUAGUAAUGGUGGCAGCCAAGAAAAUUCAGACACCACUUAUUUACGUUCCUUUAAUUAAAGAAGUAUCCACUGAAAAAUUAGACAUUUUUGAAAAAAUAACUCUUGAUGAAUGUAUAAGCGAAAUUUUAAUCUCCGAAAAAAUGGUAUCUAAACAAGGCAGGUAUUGCAAAGAAGUAAAAGUUACUGUUAAUAUUCUUAAACACGAACAAUAUGCAGUUCCUGUUUUAGAUUCUGUCUUUUUAAUGGAGUUAGGAAAAAAAAUAAAAAAAUUAAGUAAACUGGCAGGUGGCAUCAAUAUAUUGGAAAUUAAUACUAAAGAGACAUUUAUUAAUACAAAUGAUGAUUCUGAUCAGGAUGAAGAUUCUGAAAAUGACAAUGAUAAAGAAGCAGAGAAGGUUAUUAUAGAUACCUUGAAAGCAGAAGAAGAUAUGGAAAAUAAUCAAGAAAUUGAAGAUAAUGAUGACCAAAAUGAUCAAAGAGAAGAAGAGAUACCAGAAAAUGAAGAAAUAAUUUUUAAAACAUUAAAUUUUAAAAAAGUGGCACAUAUGACAUAUCAAUUCACUUCUUUUUAUCCUGCAGAUUUCAGUUUGCUUCUUUUACCGAUUAUUGAAUCGAUAUUGCCUAAAAUAGUUGUUAAGGAACAUAAGGGUAUAUCAAAAAUUUCAUUGUCUGAUAAAAAUGUUAUAAUUGAAGGAUCUAACUUUACAAGUUUAACCACUUUAAUUGAGACAGAAGAUGGAUUUUUUGACCCUCUUGAAUAUUUUGAUAUUUACAAAUCCUCUUCUAAUGAUAUUUAUUCUAUUUGUAUGACGUUUGGAAUAGAAGCGGCCAGAGAGGCUAUUAUAGAUCAAAUAAUAGCAGUAUUUGAUGUUUAUGGAAUUGAAAUAGAUAUUCGUCAUUUAAUGCUAAUUGCUGAUUAUAUGACAAGGACAGGUGAAUAUGUUGCAUUUAAUAGAAUUGGACUUGGUUCUUGCGACAGUCCAUUGCAAAAAAUGAGUUUUGAGUCGUGUUAUGCAAACAUUAAAAAAGCAUCAGAAUUUCAUAUGACAGAUUUUUUAGAGAAUCCCUCUGCUUCGCUAACUGUUGGUGCUCCUAUUAAUGUUGGAACAACUAUUUUCGAUUUGUUAUACGAUAUGAAUUCGUAUACAGUUGAAUAA